CGCGCGCGUGACGUAUUCGCUAGGCGCCGUGCGAGGCCGGAGGGAGUCCGCACCCCUCAGCCUGCGGAUCUUCUCCGCAAUGCUGCAGCUAGUUCGGAUCAGGGCGCGGGCCUGCCUUCUGUCCCCAGGCUGCCGGGGCCUGAACUCAGUGGCGGAAGAGGCAGUGCAGUUGCGAGAGAAGCCAGAGCUUGUGGCGAGCGCGGGUCUCCAGGUACCCGUGCUGCGCAAGUGCGAGCUCCCGAUACCCGCACACCGGCGUCCGGUGCAGGCCUGGAUUGAGUCCCUGCGAGGCUACGAGCAGGAGCGCGUGGGUCUGGCCGAACUGCACCCCGACGUUUUCUCCACGACGCCCAGGCUGGAUAUCCUGCAUCAGGUCGCCAUCUGGCAGAAGAACUUCAAAAGAAUUAGCUACGCCAAGACCAAGACUAGAGCUGAGGUGCGGGGUGGUGGCCGGAAGCCCUGGCCACAGAAGGGCAGUGGGCGUGCGAGGCAUGGCAGCAUUCGCUCACCAAUCUGGAGAGGAGGAGGUGUUGCACACGGCCCCCGGGGCCCCACAAGCUACUACUACAUGCUGCCCAUGAAGGUGCGGGUGCAGGGCCUCAAGGUGGCGCUGACUGUCAAGCUGGCCCAGGACAACCUGCACAUCGUGGACUCCCUGGAGCUCCCAACCGCAGACCCUCAGUACCUGAAGGAGCUGGCCUGCUACCGCCGCUGGGGGGAUUCUGUGCUCCUGGUGGACCUAGCACAUGAGGACAUGCCUCAGAACAUGGUGACAGCCGCAUUGGGGCUUAAGACCUUCAACCUGGUUCCAGCUGUGGGCUUGAACGUGCACAGCAUGCUGAAGCACCAAACGCUGGUCCUGACCCUGCAGACUGUCGCCUUCCUGGAGAAGAAGCUGCUCUGGCACGACUCACGCUACACGCCCCUCUACCCCUUCCGCCUGCCCUACUGUGACUUCCCCUGAGCUCCCACCCUGUGCCCCAGGGCCCACCAGCUGCCUUCCUUUCUACACCAUUCUUUAUACCAGACACCUGCUCUGAGCCAGGCCAAAACCCUGGCCAGUUUUGCACCCACCCUGAAAGAGCAGCAAUGCCCAGACUCCCAGUAGGAAGCUGAGGCCAUGAAGAGUGGCUGGGCUGGCCAGGCAUCCGAACUGGGAAGAGCCUGAUCAAGUUCCUACCCAAUUCUCUUCUCUGUUUUUAAGAUAAACUUUACUUUUUAAUUACAGAGGAGAAACAGCAGCUCAUUGCCAUGUUGUGAAGAAUUCCAUCUAGCAGUUCGGGCUCUCCCCGGUGCUGGGCACCGCUGGUAGCUCUCUCCUCAAGGGUCAAUUUCAGUGCUAUUUACAGAAGUGACCCAGAAUCAAAUUCCCUAGGGUGACUCAGCCUCUGGGAACUCACAGAGGAGCAGGAGCACUGCCCUUCCCUAGAAGCUGCUCCUGGCACCUCCUGGCACCUCCUGGCUCCCGGGCACUGUCCUGUGCUUGCUUUCCUGGCAGAGUCUGUAGACCCAUUUGUUAGGGCCCUUCAGUUUGAUGCGCAGGCUUGAUUCCACAAUUAAGUGCCAUAUGCAAACCUGAGCUUCCCAAGCACAGACUCAGAAUCAGUGUAGUUAGUAAACGAGAGAAUAAACACAUUUUUUUAAAAACAUCAAA